GUAUCAGACCUCUGCUUAUCCUAACUUUUAACUCUCCUUUCCGGAACUCCAAGAGAGAGGAGCAGAGGUUGGGGGCAAUGGAUUCUUUGAUAUCGGAAGCUCUUGUCGUCCAUCAACUCGGCCCUGUAUCUCCAUCCCUUCAUCCGGCGACCAGCCUUGUUUUUUCUGUGCGCUCUGUCAGGCCGCUUUCUGUACCGCUGCUCCGUCGGCGGUUCAAGGGCAUAACUCCGGCGAAUCCUGGAAAAAUAUCCGCCUCGGCAAGAAACGGAGUUUUGGUUUCGAAUUCAGAGCAGUCAAAUAAUGGUGUCUAUUCUGUUGCCGAUUUUAUGACCAAGAAGGAAGAUCUAGUUGUUGUCAAGCCUUCUACUUCAGUUGAUGAAGCACUUGAAAAACUAGCGAGGCAUAGGAUCACUGGGUUCCCUGUGAUUGAUGAUGAUUGGAAAUUGAUUGGAGUCGUUUCAGAUUAUGAUUUGUUGGCAUUGGAUUCCAUUUCAGGACCUGGACGAACUGAUACAAGCAUGUUCCCUGAGGUAAAUAGUACAUGGAAGACGUUCAAUGAACUUCAAAAAUUGUUGAGUAAAACAAAUGGAAAGAUAGUUAGUGAGGUUAUGACACCCGCACCUCUUGUGGUUCAUGAAACAACUAACCUUGAAGAUGCCGCAAGAUUACUGCUUGAAACCAAGUUCCGCCGGCUUCCGGUAGUUGAUGAUUCUGGCAAAUUGAUUGGAAUGAUCACAAGGGGAAAUGUCGUUAGAGCAGCGUUAAUGAUGAAGCAUGCGAAUGAAAAGAGUGCUUAAGAGAUGCUAUUUGUUUCGCCUCAUACAUUAGUCAACUAUUAUCAAUCUCCAUAUAUCAAUUAUUCAAAUGGUUGGUACAAGCAUCUUUAUGGCAAUGAAAUUUCAUCAUUCCUCUUAUUAAUAUGAGGAAUAACUGCUCAUUCUGCACAAGAUAUUUUUAUCACUGUUAUAGCAAUCUUUUUUAAGAGCCUCUUAGAAAAGAAUUCAUGUUUUAAGAGCUUAGAUUUGAUAUAUGUACUCACAACUAAAUCUUGUCCAUUUGUCCUUCGGUUAAUCUAAUCAUUUAUGGAA